AUGGACUCCCCUGAGGGGAGACGAGUGAAGUUCGUUCCUUCCCACCAUAAUGAUUACUACUCUCCCGACCCCACUCCGCCCAGUAGUACCCCGUCCACUCCGCGUUGGACUCCGUCUCCGCUUUCGCAACCAGACAUGACUUCCGCGGUAAUCCAUGGUGACUACCCCGCCACUCCUCACUGGCGUUCCGUUAGCCUCCCAGACGUUGAGUUGGACGGGAGCGAGGAUGGCCAAAACCUCUCUCCCGCCUCGGUGCAGCAUGUCCCCCUUACUCCGCAGCCCCAAACGCCGCGUGUAUCAUCAAGCGCCGUGCGCUUGUGCCUCGCCCUGGCGUACAACCCUGCACACGGGCCGUUGUUACUCUGCGAUGUCACGCAGAGGCCUUCAAUGGCUAUCGUAGCCCCCGAACAUGCCAUGUCGCAGACAUUGGAAGAUUGGCUAGCUUUACCAGCCACAGAUCCUCCAGUUACGCGCAUGACUCUGACAUGCAAACUACUUCCUUUCACGAUACUCGUGGCACCAUCAUCGACCGCGGCUGCGUACGCAUCAGGACCUGAGUCAUCCAUCACGGUUGCGGACGUACUACAAGCCAUCUACACAUCCCUCAUGGAACCUACCACCGACUACGAGAUCAUGCGUGCCCGUGGCGGGGAUGUAUCUGGAUCACCUACUCAGUUCUUCUUCCCCGCCUCCGGUUACGCUGGCAUGGUCCGACGCAGAAGCGAUAUUGUAUAUGGCAAUAGCAUGUUUCUUGGAAUGACGUCUACUGGCCUCGAAGGAGAAUGGCUUUUGAUACUAGGAGCCAAUCGCUCUGACGGUCUGCAAUGA